UCAACGCCAACGCGAAGGAGGAUUCUGAUUUUAUCGUGCCCUGAAGGGCGGUGGCUCCAACUUUGGUGUGUAUGGCACCUCCCGAACAUAACCUGGAUGAUCCGUUAACAUGCUAAACAAGCAUUGUGACAUGGUUUGGCCACAAAGCUCAUCCUCUGAUCAAGAUUCAAUAGAUAUCAACGUCUACAAUCCAGAGAACCAUGUGGUCAUCAACAAAGCCACUGUGGCAGUCCAGCAGGCCCAAAAAGGGGACCCCAAGGGCGGGGCUGUUUGCCAACUUCAACGGAUCUGUCGCAGUAAGCAUGUUUUACGGAACUACCCAGAUGAGCCACCGAAGGUGUUUGAGCCGUUCCUCAACUCAAAAGCAUGGUGGCUACGGUACUGCCAUGCACUAACGGCACGCUACUGUCAGUUUUCCAAGCUCUGGGUAAGGUGGGCCACGCCCAAACGUCCCAGAGAGUACAGACCCCACGGAGGCGUAAUGCACUAGUCCACUCAUUAGUAACCUGAUGCGCGAUGACAGACAAUCCAUUUGCACAGUUGCUACUAAGAUUAGCGGGGAGCUUUAUGAGAAAGUGUAUGAAACGCGGCUCGAAGUCUGCAAGACCCCUUUUCAAGGCGCUGUCCUGCACUACACAGUUCAGCUAAAAUGGGUACGGCUAGUAUUCAGGCCGGUAAAGAUCGCGGAGGGAAUAUCAUGGGCCUUCGAAGUUUCCCAUGGACUGUAAGUUUCU